UCACUAUUGAAAGAGAAUGUGUAUGUGAAUUGCUAUAUUGUCCUGUUGGCUCUCCAGGUCACUUGCUUUUCUGAAUUGUGUGGUGUAUUUGUUGACUUCUCCUAGUUUUUCACCUUGAAUGAAGUUAGAUUUUUCUACGUGUGAGUUCAUGUUUGCUGGUAUAGCAGCAACUUUGCUUUGUGCUUUAAAAUGUGCCUGCUGGCUAUGUAUGCAUGUCAUAUUAUAUAUUUCGAAGGUUAAUUUUGGUAGUUCUAGAACUGAGAUUUCCUUUUAAUCUGAGGACCACACGCUGAACAUUGGUCCUUGUCUUUAUUGAUUAAACAGUAAUACAAUAAUAUAGCAUCAGGUUAGUUGCCUAUGCCAGAGCUUUAAUAUCUGGUUGUUGUGGACCAACUGGUAAUAAAACUAACCUUGGUAGGUUUACUAGUAGGAGCAACUUCAGUUCACUUCCCAAAGUUAUUUCAUUAUGGAAUCCAAAAUACCAAUUCAUCGUCUACUAAUGUUUUAAUUGUUGUGUGGGAGCUUCUAAGCUAGCAGAAAUUCAAAGCUCUUUCUAAACAAGGUUUAAUUUCUCAUGUGAUAAGAAUGUCCUGGUGUUGUGUAUGAAAACCAAAUGCAGGAUCCUAAUGGUUUCAUUGAUGAGAAGGUUGAAAGCAGACUUUACAUUGGCAACCUUGACUUGAGAAUAACAGAGGCUGCUCUUAUUAAGAUGUUUUCUCCAUAUGGCAACAUUGUAUCUGAGGACUUCUUAUGGCAUACUCGUGGACCAAAACGUGGAGAGCCACGGGGCUUUGCUUUUAUUCAGUUUAGCAACAAAGAGGAAGCUAAAUUGGCUAAGGAGAAGAUGCAUGGGAGAUUAGCUUGUGGCCGCCCUUUGGUUGUUCGCCUUGCCAGCGAGAAACACUUGGAGGAAGCUGCACACAAUUCUUCUAGAGCAGUAGGUGAGAUGACAAAAACAGGCAUUGUUGGUGGCACUUCAGGGCAGAUGAGUCGGAGUGCUAAGAUAGCUGCAAUAAAGAACAAAUUGAGAACCUUGGAAGAAGAGAGCUCUAGCAUGAAGAAGCAGAAGCAAGCUGGCACCAUUUCUUGCAACAAUAGGGUUGACCAUACAUCUGUCAAAAGAUGUUGAAUAAAGAUGCUUAAGAGAGCUUAAAUGUUGGAAGUAUUUUCAGAAUUAGGUUGAGCAUCACUGUGCCAAAUUUCAGGUGUGUAGUGUUGUUGACAUGUUGCACAAGAUUAUUUAGCGCGACUUUCCAUGUCCUCAAGUUUGUGGGUUAUGGAAAUGGCUUGUUAACAACAGCAUUGGAUUAUGAAAAUAAGAUUAAGGGUUUUGUAAUUUCAUGAAAUGCUAUUAUUAGCGGCAUAAUGCCAGGAUGUUUUCUUGUUUA